AUGGGCGUGGGCGCGGGCAGCCCGCGGGCGGAGGCCGAGCCCCCGGCCCCGGCGCCCCCCAGCGGCGAGGGCAGCGCGGCCGCCGACCCGGACGCGGGCGCCCAGCCCUCGGCCGCGGCGGCGGCCGCUGCGCCGCCGAGGCCGCCCUUCUCCCUGGAGGCCCUGCGAGCCGAGGCGGGGCUGCUGCGCUCGGAGCACGAGUGGUACGUCAGCCGCGUGGGCGAGCUCCGGAGCCCGACGUACAUCUGCACCAAGGACGACGAGCUGCACAGGGUCCGGCCGGGGGAGGGGCCCUGGGACCUCACCGUCUCCGUGCGCGGCGGCCCGCGGGGCGGCAGCGCGCCCGAGGAGGCGCCCGGCGAGGAGCAGAGGGGCGACCCCACGCAGGCCGACAGCUCCAGGGAGGGCAGAACCGCGCGCGCGUACGACUUUCCCUUCCAGGUCAGGCUGCGCUUUGACGAGGACUGGCCCGUGCAGCCGCCCGUGGUGCGCUUCCAGUGCGUGAUCCACCACGCCCUGAUCGACGACGAGCAGGGCAUGCUGCUGCCGUUCUACAAAACGCUCGAGAGAACACAGGACAAUAUAUUCACAAUCCCACUGAUUCUGAAGGCCGUGCGCGAGUUUCUGGUGGAUCCGCUGGCCGCAUGGGGUAUCCCGAUCGCGCAGGCGCCGACUAGGUUGACGCUGUCGAUCGCUGACAACGAGGAGAUGAAUGAAAAGCGGCUGACUACAAUAAAGAAGUACGCGGCGAUGGUCAAGCACCAGGAGUUCUUUCGCGUCCCCGUGGUGUUGCGGGAGGAGUGGUUCGAGCCCGCCUUCUGGAGGGCGCACAUGGAGAAUACGCCAGAAGCUUGGCGAGCGCUGCUCGAGGAGCAUCUUGAGAACGAGGUGUACUCGUUCAAGAUGCUGAGCGAAGUCUUCUGCGAACAGCUACUGGAGGAGAUUUUCAACUUCUAUGACUCGGGUCUCCCUGCCAGGCGCCCGAACAGCAUGAACAACUACGGCAUCAUCCUCAACGAGAUCGGUCUGGAGCCGCUCAUUGAUGGCCUGCAGGCGAUGCUGCAGACCCUUGGUGACAUGCUGUGGCCAGGCGCGGGCAGCGACUGGGACGGGCACCACUGCUUUAUCGUGCGCUACCGCGAGGGCGAGGAUCUCGGGCUGGACAUGCACACGGACGACUCGGACGUCACCUUCAACCUCUGCCUGGGGCUGAACUUUCAGGGGGCGGGCCUCCAGUUCUGUGGUCUCAUGGGCGCCCCGAACCAUCGCAGGCACACGCUCACGUACCAGCACGUGAAAGGCAGCGUGGUGUGCCACUUGGGGAGGAAGAGGCACGGGGCCGACGACAUCUCGGAGGGCGAGCGCCUGAACUUGAUCCUGUGGAACCACUCCAGCACAUACCGCGAGACCAGCGAGUACAAAGAGCCUCCCUACAGCACCGAGGAGGGGCCCCCAGACCAAGUUUGCGUCAGCUACACGCACGACCGCGACUACGGGAUCUUCAAGGAGUACCCAAGGGGCAAGGAGAAGUUCAAGGGCCGCGGAUGGUGCCCUCCCAAGCAGUACGAGUACGCCGACUUCAAGCAAGACGCCCCGCGGGUGCUCGGAGGGGGCUGA